CCCACCUUUUGCCUCGCCCCUCCACUCUCCCACUCACACACGCCAGCGCUUUAGCCCACCACCGCCUCAGCGCCUCGCGAACAAUAUAAUCGCCUCGAACUUCCCACCCCCAAACCUCAAACCGGCCCUCUUUUUCUCUCCUUGUCCCCUUUACCUGUCGGCUUUGGGUUCCCAUCUGGCUUCUGCCUGCCAACCUGGUAACGGUCCUUUGCUUCUGCUUCUUUAUAAUCGCCGUGUAUUGUCGCCAGCUACACACUCACACCGUCUGCCUCGACAACUCUCGCUCCCUCUCCCGACUCGUCCUUCUCCGUCUCCUACCAACAUGCCGUCCGCAACGAAGCCCAAGCUCGAGAAGCUUGCAACGCCUCUCACCUCCAACUUCCCUUCGGAAAUCACCUCGGCCAAGACUGCCACGCCCGUCUCUGCCCUGCCGGUUCCCAUCAAGGCCGACCCGGACUGGAUCAAGACGCCCAUCAGCCCGCCUCCCGCCUACGCCGACUUCCUUUCCAAGAUUGGUACGCUCAAUUCGCCUGCCGCCAUCGCUCCUGGUGACAGAAGCCCCGAGUCUGCCCCCACUUCUGCCGUCAGCGAUAAAUCAGACGCUUCGGCCAAGAGCAGCCCGGAGACCUCGCCGCCCAGCUCGCGAGGCAGCAGCAAGGCAUCGCCGCCAACAUCGGCCUUUUUGGCUCCUCCAAGCCCAUACUCUGCUCAGUUGCCCAUGUCUGCUCCUCCUACCGGGGCAUCUUGCUUCCCUAGCCUCAAAUUACCGCCUAGCCCUGCGCUUUCCACCUUUGAGUCACCACUAAGCGCCGCCAGCACCCUCCGUUCUCCCUUUAGCGCCAGAUCUGUCCGCUCCUCGGUCUUUGACUGGGACGCCGCACUCAAGGCUCGUUUUGCUGAACAGAAGAAGCAAAAGGCUGCCAACGGCCGCAGUGUUCGCCAUAUCCGCGAGGUUGUCACUAGAACCGUCACAUACACCCCAACCAUGGAGCCUGCCCCCCGAGGCAAGCGCCGCAAGGUUGAGUAAAGCGAUUCGACAUGCUUCUCUGGAAGACGCAUGAUGACUAGGACAUGAGCUAUGACACACAAUUAUGAAUUACUACUGCGGUAAUUAUUCUUGAUUACAUGACGACAUUGCUGCGAGUUCGGCAAUGCUUCACCACCCCCAGACCGGGACUACACAUACACCAACCAGACCAGACAUUUUUAUUUCAUUUCCUGUAUUUUCCUUAUACCCCUCCGCUUCCUUAUUGGAAGCGAGAGCACAAAACGACAACAAAAAAAGAACGCUAUGCCAGCCUUUGGCGAAGAGACAUCAUCACGGCUGGCAACUUGGCGGUGCCUAGACUAUCGCCGCUUUCACGUUUUACGACAGUAUGCUUGAGACAGGCGCAGUACCAUCAUCGCCUCAUGCCCAUGGCAAAGGCAAGGUAGGGCCAGGACAAUAUAGUUGUCGGCCCUGCUGUGUUUUCUUUUCCUCUUUUUUUUCCUAUCAUGUCGAUUUGAUUUACACCUACACCACCCACCAGGGCUGCACUAUACAGUGUGGCUGCGACUAUCCUUUGCAGGCAAAUCUCCGUCACAAAUCCUUUAUUUAUACAGGCCCCUUUGGGGGAAGCUGUUAUGGGAGACAGAUUUUUGUGCACAAUUUAUUAUUGUUUAUUCUGUUUUUAUUUUCAUGGAUCGGCGAAAGCAAAAGGGAGAUUUGGGCGGCGUUUAUGGGAGUUGGCUACCUCUGUGUGUCUCGGCUUGCUGGCCUGGAUUUUAUCUACUAUACUAGGAAGACAGACAGACUGACAAGUAGUCGGUUCAAUUUGGAUUUUUUGUGUCUUAUUUUGCGGUCCUCAAAUCUUUCCCUAUUUAGUAAAACACAAUGGAUACCUUGAUUAAUCUCACCGAACA